AUGGCCGACACCAUCCUCCACAGCGCGGUCGUCGUCACCAUGGACGGAGAGCUCCGCGUCCUUCGCGAUGGCACCGUCACCGUCGCCGGCGACCGCAUCGCCGCCGUGGGUGUUGUGGGCCCCUCCGCCGCCGUCCUCGCCGCCUUCCCCAGCGCCGCGCGGACCCUCGACCUCGGCGGCCGCAUCGUCCUCCCAGGGUUCGUGAACACGCACGUGCACACGUCGCAGCAGCUGGCGCGGGGGAUCGCCGACGACGUCGACCUGAUGACGUGGCUGCACGGGAGGAUCUGGCCCUACGAGUCGCACAUGACGGAGGAGGACUCCUACGCCUCCACCCUCCUCUGCGGCAUUGAGCUCCUCCGCUCCGGGGUAACAUGCUUUGCUGAAGCAGGUGGGCAGUUUGUUUCAGAAAUUGCACGGGCAGUGGAAUUGUUAGGCUUGCGGGCAUGUUUGACAAAGUCAACGAUGGAUUGUGGUGAGGGUUUGCCUACAAAUUGGAGUUCUUGCUCCACUGACGAUUGCAUUCAGUCACAGAAGGAACUAUAUGAAAAGCAUCAUAAUACAGCUGAUGGGCGUAUCAGGAUAUGGUUUGGGUUGAGGCAGAUCAUGAAUGCAACAGAUCGUUUACUGCUUGAAACAAGAGAUGUUGCCCAGAAGCUAAAUACUGGAAUCCAUAUGCAUAUUGCAGAAAUACCAUAUGAAAAUCAACUUAUAGUGCGGACCAAAGGAAUUGAUCAUGGCACAGUGACAUAUUUAGAGAAAAUUGAUUUUCUGAGGAGUAAUUUGUUGGCUGCCCACUCUGUCUGGUUGAAUGAACCUGAGAUAGGGCAUUUUUCAAAGGCUAGCGUCAAGGUUUCUCACUGCCCUGCGUCUGCCAUGCGGAUGUUGGGGUUUGCUCCUAUUAGAGAAAUGCUGGAUUCUGGUGUUUGUGUCUCCCUUGGUACCGAUGGAGCACCAAGCAAUAACAGAAUGAGCAUUGUGGAUGAGAUGUACCUAGCAUCCCUAAUUAACAAAGGACGUGAGGCAUGCAUCAGUGGAACAACUAACCCAACUGCUCUUCCUGCUGAGACUGUACUGAAGAUGGCUACUAUUACUGGCGCGAAAGCAGUUCUAUGGGAUAACGAAAUAGGUUCGCUGGAGGUCGGGACAAAGGCGGACUUGGUUGUAGUG